UAGUAGCUUGAGAUAUGAGAUGUUGGAUCAAUGUGAUUAAAUUUAUGGAGAAAGCUGAAACUUUGUUAUUGUUCAGCAGUUUAAGUCCAAAUUGUAACAUGAGGUACAUACCGCUCUAAUACCUGGCAAGCAACACUUCAUUGUUUACGGAAAUCGGCGAAGGCGGUAUCUUCAAAGUUUAAACUUCAGCAAGUGACUUCAAAGCUGUUCACUGGAAUUUUUUCCUCAAAUUAUUGUCACGCAAAGUCUAGAUCUAGUUUCAUUGAUGUAAUUACUAUCUUUGAGCCUAGUCAAGACAAAACGAUGUCACAUCGUGAUCCUUUAUCAACAUUGACAAAUUCUCCUCUGACGCCAAAAAGACCUCCCCCAAGCAAAUAUGGAUCUCCAUCAACUAGCAGAGCAGUUGGAUUGUCUAGCCCCACUCCGAACUUGGCCAACUUUGCAGAUCUUGAUGAAGGCAAACAGAGGAAAGAACUAAGGAGGAGAUCACAUGGACAUGAACUCCAUCGCAAAAAUCUUGGCAGCCCCUCCUGUUCCCCAAGCACCAGGCCUUCAGAAGCCUUGAAUGGACUUACAAGCACCCAACUUGCCAACCACUAUGCAGACUGCAUCAAGCUCUCCACUGAAAAUAAAAUAAAUGCCAAGAAUGCCUUUGGUCUGCAUUUGAUUGAUUAUAUGACUGAGCUUGUGAAGAAGAAAGAGUUGGAAAAUUUUCAGGUUGCCAGUUCCACUCUUGAUGCAAGUGUCAAGAUUUAUGCUGGCCGUGUUGACUUCAUUCACACACAUGCAUACAAAGUCCUCAGUGGUCUUGGAGGGAAUCAGUCCAAAGCUAAUGGAAAUGAUGAAAAUGAAGAUCCAGACAACCCCAAUGAGAUGGAUGAUGCUGCAUCAAAGGCAAAAAAAAAGAAAAAGGCAGGAAGAGCCCAGACUGUAGAAACAAACUUGAAAAACAUAAAUGCUGACAAGUUUGACUUGGAGUUUGAAGUGGACCCAAUGUUCCAGAUAAUGUCCGCUGCCUUUGAUGAAGGAGGUGCUAGUGGAUUACUACUGAACAGACUGAGGUGUUAUGAUGACAGUCAAAGCCUUAUCCUCGACUCCAGCACAAAUGUUAACGUUGUUGAAGAUGUUGAACCUGACAAUUCACAAGAAUCAAGAAAGUCUCUUGACAUUUCUGCCCUGAAAGAAUUGCUUGGAAAUGUUAAGCUAGAAGAUAGAAAGAUAUGCCCAUCUCUCUGUGACUUUAAGUUUAUGGAGUGGAACAAGGAUAUGUCAAUCAUGCACAGGAAGUUCUCCGAUUUUGCAUUUGACCCAACAGCCGAACCUCAACAUUUGCCUAGUGUUGAAGAAGAAGUUGAAGCCAUUGCUCAUGAGGAAAUCGAUGAAAUGGACAAUGUUGAAGACGAACCAGAUGCUGGUAGCAUUUCCAAUGAUUCAGGGUCUGUUACUGCCGGUGACACUAGAACUGCAGAGUUUGUAGAAAGUGCCUUCAGUGAUCUCACGCAGGGGAGCGUCGGGAAGCUGCGUCAGAUCCUUGCUAUGCAGCCUUCUGAUUACUCUUAUUUCAACAAAGUUUUGAUGCAGACCUGGGCUGGUCCAGCUCACUGGAGGAUAGCUGCAGCUGCCAAAACCUCUGCAGGUAAAGGUAGUGACGGCAAAUCCCGGAAAAAAAGGCAGAAGAAACCCCCAUUGCGCCUGACUUAUUCUACAAAAGAAACAGAUCUCGAUAAACUGUUCAAGGUCUCAAAGGCGACAACUGUUACUCAAGCCACUUGGUCCAAGUACACGAAGAAAAGAACAACCCUCCCUGAAGACCAACAGCUGGAUAGUCAAGAUAUGCUGUUCCGUUUGUUUCACAAACCUCACAUAAUGAUCAAAUGGCAGUCUGGAGAUUCCAUUGGAGUAGAUGAAGGCAUUGACAACUAUGACUACAACAACAAAAAUGAUGUGGAAAACUUUUGCCCACUUGUUCGGGGGGACAGUGAUGAUGAGUGCUCAGGAGGCUUUGACCUCUCCAAUGAAGUGAACUUUGCCCAGGCCUCACAGGACAACAUGUCUCAGCAAAGUGAAUUCUCGGACUGUGAUUUCAACGGCACAGUCCUCACCCAGGACAAACUUGUCGCUGCUCCCCAUAAGGUCCAGAAAAUUGACAUCAAGUAUGCUAAGUCAGCCAAGCGGGUUGAUGUUAGAAAAUUGAAAUCUACCAUGUGGCAUAUACUUACAAGGAAAGAAAAGCUUCAAGCUGAUGUUCCUUUGCCGGUGCCAAUAGCACAGGAUGACACAUUGUCUGACAAUGGUGACAUGUCCGGGCAACAAAGUUUCAGAGUCCUAAAAGAUGUUCUCCCAUCCAAUAUCUCAUCUGGCAUGGCCAAAAACCUCACUGUGCAAACAGUAUUUGCCUGUUUACUAUAUCUGACCAAUGAAAAGACGCUCAAGCUCUCCAGUUCCAGCAAUAUGGACGACAUUUCUAUUGAACAAGACUCCAGAUCAUCUUAGCCUCUGCUUGAGGAUUUUUUGAGUUUUUUUUGGGGGGGUUACUACUUUAUUUCAUUUUCUCUUUGAAUACAUGCUGUUUCUGUGUUGUCUCCUGUCUUUGCUUGGUUAUUUCAUUUUAUUGCCUCUGUAUUAUGUGGCUCAAGUCAGGCGGUAAUAGGUAAAUUUGUUGUGUUUUUUUUUUUUUGGGGGGGGGUGUUGUAAAUCGUCACCUUAUUGUAUAGUAGUACCUGGCUUUUUUUUUUUGACAGUCCUGAAUUUUUUUUGUUGUGAUCAAUUUUGUGAUUCUGUUCAAGUUGACAACUUUUUCUUUGUGGUUUGAUUUUCAUACCAGAUAUUUGACUCUUGGGUGAGGUUUUAACACUGUAGUUACAUAAUGCCUGAUGUAUAUCCUCUGAUGUCAAAUAUGACAUGCCUGUCUUGAACUGUAGAUCUUUGUGUUUCUCCAUUGUUGCAGAGGCCUCAGCCCCUUUAUGAUCUGUAGAAUUUGAUUUAUUUUUUUGUUUUUCAUGGGUUCUUUUGGUGGGGGGGUUACCUUCACCUUCCUUGAAAAAUGCAAAAUAGAAUAAGUUUUAUGCCCCUUGCAACACUGUAAGAUAAUAAGAGGCUGGACCUUCAAAUUUUAUUAUCCGUCUCCAAAAGUACUAAACCAAAUGGGAAACUUCAUGUAAAAUGUCUCUCCUAAGGACACGGCGUUGGACCAAGCUGAGCCUCAAACCCUCGAACCGACAAUCUCACAUUUAUGAGUCUGGCAGCCUUACUACUAGACUUCCAACACCACCACUCUCCUUGUCCCUUUUCCUUUGAUGUUUUUCAAUCAUCUUGAUAAUGUAGCCCUAGUGUUUCUACCUUUAUUUUGGUAAAGUUUUGCAUGUAGGCCUAUAAUCCAAAUUCAGAAAGCGUUUUUUAAACUGAGAUGCUGUUGCAACUGUAUUGGGGAAAGAAAUACAAAUAUGAAAUUUCAUACCUUCCUAUGGUAAAAAAAAUUAUCACAAACUGACAAAGCCAUCUAACAUGAAAUUCCUGCCAUCUAACAUGAAAUUCCUGUGUGUUAACAUGAAAAGAUUUUAAAAUAAAUCCCCAACUUUUUAUUUGAGUAGUAACAUGAAAAACCAUCAAUUGAACAGCUACAACCUCACUGGACCUUCAUUCUGUGCAGUCAAGGCAUCUGUCUGGGGUUGAAUGUUUCCCUUUUUUCAGUUUCCUAAAGUGGUCAGAUCUGCAUGUGUUCCGAUUACACACAAAAAAAAGAUCACACAAGGUCCAACAAGCCAACAAACAGUAAGAAAGGCACCUCAUUACACUUCUACUUCAUAAAAGCUGAAGGCUGAAGACAACAAAUAGUGAAUUUUGCAAGGGAAGGAAAGUUGUCAGAUCCCCCAACAAAAGUCUCCAGCCAACAUGCACAGUCUGUUUUUAUCUUGCUACCUCUGUCGUGAACUCAAUUCAUUAAGAUAAGAUACAUCUUUAUUGUCCAGAUCCUGGCACAUUGGUUUGGUGUUUCACCACGUGUACACACACACACACACACACACACACACACGCACGUAGGCUUACAAUCACACGCAUAAAAAAUUAGCAGUAAUAUAAAAAAUAAUCGUAAGCUAGAUACACACUCAAUGUUAUUUUGAUGCAUGCUCUAAGGUCGUAAUUCAUUGGUGCAUUACUUACACUUGUAGCACUAUGGUCAAACAUUAAUCAAAAGUGGUUGGGAAGUUCCCUUCUAUAUGUUUUAUUUAUGCCAUUGAACAUCUUUAGUCAAUCAUAAUGAAAGUGGUGGGAGAAGUAAAUUGUAUUUAAAGUUAAAGAAAUAUUGUUAGACUUCAUCAGGAAAUAAAUGGGCCCACUUUUGUGAAAUAUUUAACACAUGUAUAAAUUUUUGUUUUCUCUCAAAUUAUGUUUAUUUUUAUGAAGUUUUAAAAUGUAAUGUGACUCCCAUAGCUUGACAAUACACUGUUGGGAUGUUCAAUAUUGUCAACAUUUGCAUGAAUGAAUUGGAUUCUUAGCUUACGAACUAAAAUUGUAUUGUAUUACAUGUAUGUAAUAAAGAAUGCUACGAUUUUAAGAA